AUGGCUGACCCUCUGUCAAUUACAGCAAGCAUCAUAGCAGUCAUUCAGCUGUCCACAAAAGUGGUGAAGUAUGUCAAGGAAGCUAGCGAUGCGAUCGGACACAGAAACACCCUGCUUCUGGAGAUGAGUGCGACUAAGGGUAUUCUUGAUAUGCUGUGGGACGUCGAACAAGGAGCUACUAGUGACGAGGAUACCUUGACAAAUACUCAGAUUCUGGAACAACCGCUGAAGAACUAUGCAGCGUUGCUGAUGAGGCUAGAAGCCGCACUCGCCCCGGCGAAAGGGCUCAAGAAAAUUGGCAAAACGUUCAAAUGGCCCUUCGAGAAGGCAGAGAUGCUGGACAUCCUCGCUAAAAUGGAAAGAUACAAGAGCUUAUUCGGACUAGCACUCCACGCCGAUCAUAUCGAACUAUCUCGUGCGGUGCAUAGAGACUUGGAAUCGCUACAGAACCAGCAGAGGGAAGAAGAAAUGCGCGAGAUUAUCAGGUGGCUCUCGCCGCUCGACUUCGAAGCCAAGCAUCAGGAUAUCUUUGCCAGGCAUCAAGAAGGCACGGGCCAGUGGUUGCUGGAUGAUGAUCGGUUUGUUGGGUGGGAAAGGGGGCAAUCGCGGAUACUAUGGUGUCCCGGUGUUCCAGGAGCAGGAAAGACGGUUUUUGCAUCAAUCGCCCUCGAGCAUUUGCGCAUGUCUCUGAAGGACAAUGAAGACAUGGCCGUGAUUGGGAUUUAUUGUGAUUACAAAGAGUUCAACCAGCAAUCCACAUCAAAAUACCUCGCUAGCCUCCUACAGCAGCUGACUAUCCAGUGCCCAUCGAUCCCUGAUCAGAUCAAAAAGGCGUAUGCGGCGCACAGUAAGAAAGGAACAUCGCCAAGUUUUCCAGAAUAUUUGGAUCUGCUCACAAGACAGAUGACCUUGUUCAAGCGCACCUAUAUUAUUGUCGAUGCUUUGGAUGAAUGUACCGAAGCAAAUGGUGUCCGAGAUGAGCUGCUGGAGGGAAUCCUGCAAUUGCCAACAUUCACCAGUGUUCUAGUGACUUCUCGCCACAUACCCACGAUUGAAGAAUAUUUUCAGGAUGCAGUCAAGCUCCCUAUUCGCGCACAUGAAGAUGACAUUAAUCUUCAUGUGCGCAGUCGGCUUGCCAAGGAGAAAAGCUGGGGCCGCAGGAUCAGGCUUGACAGUGUGCUGCAAACGAAGAUCGCUAACAGUAUUGUAGAAAGGGCCAGUGGAAUUCGCAAAGAUGUGGAAAGGGCCCUACAAAAUCUCCCCAUUGGUUUGAAAAGCACAUACAACCAAAUUAUGCAACGUAUUGAUGACCAGGGAGAAGAUGACGCCACGCUGGCGAGGGAGGUUCUAUCUUGGCUGACUUAUGCACGCCGGCCAUUUGCCUGCUUGGAGCUCCAGCAGGCCCUGGCUAUCAAAGACCAGGACAAAACCUUCGAACAGGAUGCUAUGAUUCAUGAGGAUACUUUGGCCUCCGUUUGCGCUGGGCUGCCGGUCAAGGACGAUAUGCCAGGUUUGUACACCUAUAUUGCUGAUAACUGGGGCCACCAUGCCCGAGAAAGUCCCGAAACCCCAGUACUGGUGGAAAAGAUCAUAUCCUUCAUCAACAACAAGAAAAGACUGAAAGAUUGUAUCCAGCACAUGUCAGACUCUCAGUUCAUAACCACAACAAAAGGAUCUUCUCUGAUGUCAAGUCUUCAUAUCGCUGCAAUGUUUGAUCUCGAUAUGACAAUGAAGAGACUGCUGGAGCUGGAUCCAUCAGAUGUUAAUACCCAAGACAGUCAGGGGCGCACUCCCCUUUACUUUGGUGCAGCAGCUGAGGGUGGUGGAGUUGUGAACCUCCUGCUUGACCGCUCGGACGUGGAUAUCGAUCUGGCCAGCUACUAUCAUGGCUCACCACUCCAUAGCGCCAUCGAGUCCAAGCAAGAAGGGGUCGCAAAGAUUCUUCUGGAGCGCGGGGCUGACCCGGAAUCGAAAGAUGCAAAAGGUAUACGGCCAAUUCAUAAGGCGAUUAUGUUGAGCCUAGCAGAUACCUUAAGGACUCUUCUGAACAAAAAAGUGGAUAUCACAUCGACAACAAAUAGUGGGCAUACGCCACUUGAGCUUGCGAUGCCACAAGAUAGCAAGCUCCGCCAGAAAACAACCACUGGGUUAUGGCGCGACCGUGAAGUCAGUGCACAUAGUGCUGAUUAUCCCCCCUGUCUCCAGAUGCUUUUGGAAUCUAGCACUGAGAGAACUAUCAACGAGGGUGAGAUGCUAUUCCAAGCAACAAAAGACGGUCGGCCGGAUAUUGUCGAAAUACUUCUUCAUAAAGGUGCCAGGGUGUCGGAUCAAAGCAAAACAUUCAAUCAGCGAACGCCUCUACACUGGGCUGCUGAGAAGGGAUUUCAGACAAUCGUGGAGCUUCUCCUCCGCUUUAAAAGCAAUCCAGAUAUACAAGACCAACGUGGUUUUACACCACUUCAUUAUGCUGUAACCGCAGGUCGUGAAGAUGUUGUGAAAAUUCUCGUUGCCAAAAUGGAAGAUCUUGACAUUCAAGCCAACGAUGGGCUGACUUGCUAUCAAUGUGCACGCAUCCAAGGUUAUGAUGCCAUUACCAAUAUUCUUCUCCAAGCUGGGGCCAAAGACGAUGAUCAUGAAGAAGUACCUGUAGUUGACAUACAGCAGCGCCAUAAGAACAUUAUCACUAUCCGGGAAACCGGAUCGACGAACCCUUGGGCAGCUGCCCGGGUGCAGAGUGGCAAAUUCACCACGGAAGAAGACUACCAUUUAUAUAAAGAGCGCUUUAUUAUCGCCGCAGGACAGGGUGAUACUGAUGCUGUACUCCUAUGCCUUAGCAAAGGGGUCCAUGUAGACGAACGAGACCACGAACACAGUAAAACUGCACUUCACUGGGCCGCCGAAAAUGGUCAUAAGGACAUCUUGCAGCUACUUCUAGAAUGGGGGAGCAGUAUUAGCAGCCAAGAUCAGUAUGGAGAGACGGCUUUGCAUUAUGCCGCCGAAAGUGGGCACACAGAGCUUGUUCAAGCUCUGCUCAAAAAAGACCCAGACCUAACAGUGAAGGAUGAUCGCGGCCGCACAGCAUUGCCUUGUGCCAGAGACAAUUACCACCUGGAAUCGGUGCAGGUCAUCUUGGAAUUAUGGAAUGGCACUAAUGAAGAGACUGAAGAGAAGGAUAAACAGAAUAAGAGUUUGAUGCACUGGGCUGCUGAGCUUGGGGAUGAGAAGCUAUGUCAGCAACUAUGGAAUUUGAACCCUGACCCAAAAACUAUUGCGCCUGAUCAACGAGGCUGGACUGCCAUCAAGUAUGCAAAAUAUGGUGGUUAUUCUAAUCUUGUGAGCUGGUUUGAGGGACUGCAGGGUUCGGUCACUACGACUAAUGACAAUCCGUGA